UGACUGUUGACAUGUCUGUGACAUUUCCAUUUUCCAGUUUCCACAUCAGAGUUUUGUAUUAGUAAACUGUAGCAUUAAUAUCCUUAUUAAUUUUAAUGUAGUGCCGCAUAUGUUAUAAGGCUGACGACGAAUAGAUCAAAGUUUUGGAAUACGGCUUAUAAGAACAACCCUGUUUCAGUAUUUGGUGUGCCAUAUUAUAUUUUAGAACGUCGUAGAGUCGUAGUAUAGUAUCUUGCCAGUUAUCAUAUUAUAAUAUUGCUACCUCCGUUUACACAAGUGAUUGCUUUCGUUCUUUUGUAAAUAAUUCACGCAAUUAAUUCAGCAUGGAUGUGUUUAACGAAGGAGAUUCAAAAAGACAAGUACCACCAAUGUUGCAGAAAAUAUUAUAUUAUGAUGUUCAAAUCACAAAGAGAUUUGUUGAGAAUGCACUUAAAACAACUGCACUGAGAUCAUUAAGGAAUCAUGCCAAAUUUCUGGAGGUAUCAUGCCACGGCAUUGUGUGGCUUGCAGGCUGGCUCAGCUUUAUAUGGUUUUUCAACAAUAAAGAUUUAUAUCAAUUACAAGUAAACAUGUUCUUUGCAUUAAUAUUGGAUAUAGUCAUAAUAGCAGUAAUAAAGGCUAUAGUCCGGAGACGUCGUCCAAUUCCAAUGAACAAGCUGUUGGCUGUUGGACCUGACAAAUUCUCUUUCCCAUCUGGCCAUGCAAGCAGAGCUGUGAUGAUUGCAUUUAUAUUAAUAUAUCUAGAUCCUGUAUCAAUGUUUCUGUACCCUCCAAUUAUGGCUUGGGCCACAGCAGUGUGCGUAUCAAGAGUGGUGUCUGAGAGGCAUUAUAUUUUAGAUGUGCUGGCUGGUGCAGGUAUUGGUGUGUUAGAAGGAUUGUUCAUGUCGCUUAUAUGGUUCUCACAAAGCACGUCCGUUAGUAUUUUGUCUACAAUAUCAGAUGAGAAACUGGAUGGUGGUGAAUACCAUGUGUGAAUGCCAAUUAAAUACAGCUAUCAAUUAGUUCAAUAAUAAUAUCAAAAUCAUUAUUCACUUUCAUGCCUUAUCCAUAUUAAAUAACGAAUUAGAUAUAAUUUAAAGAAAACAGAUACCAAUGUACACACUUUUACCCAUUAAUGUAUUGUGAAAUUAUUUAAGGCACGGUAAAUGUAUUAGUGCAAAUGUAAAGUUCACCACUAUGAAUAGUUCAUAAAUGAUUCGUAAAUUUUUGUUAUCUAAGUAAUGCAUUAAUACUUUUAAAUAUCACAUAUGCAAACUAUUGUCCAAAAUGAAUUGUAGACUUAGAACAAAAAAGUUUCAAAAUUGUAAGAGUUUCAUUACUGUGGAAAUGAAAAGGUCAAUUUGUAAAUACUGAGAAACUUGAAUUUUGCAACAACUUUUUCUUUGAUUUUGUAAAUAAAUUCAGUGGGUAGGUACAUUUUCGCCUUGUGGCGCCAUCUAGCUUUUAAAUUUUAAUUUUUACCGUAAAUUACUAACUUGUGCAUUAAAAGUGAGCUUACUGUAUUUAUAUUAUAUGAUGUAAAGGUAGCUAGCAUAUGUCAAGGAUUCACUGAUACAUUCUAAGAAUGAAUUACAACAGAAAAACGUAGGUGGAUAAUUAAAUUAUGUUUGCAGUGUGUUGUUAUUUAAAAUAAAGCGUUUCAUUAAUUCAAACUUAUUUUUACAUGUUAGUGAGAUGUUUUUUAGUAUAAUUUUAUCUAUGUUUAAUAAAGUGUUAAUACAUAAUAAAA